UCCCCACAGUACAGGCUACACCAACGGAGGUGACCAUAGGCGCCCAUUAUCUUCCGCCAAGUGUUGUGUGGAGAAAAGGCCCGCAUUAUCGCAACAGCAUCCGGUAAGCAGACAGAGCGUGGUACGUAGCCGUCCCAUCGCGAGGUCCACACUGUGUUCGGACAGCCCCGCAGCAGCCACUGUGACUAAAGUGACAACAAACGAGCUACGUUCGCUACGAUGAUGGCGGAAUCGGACAACACGGCGGACGCGACGCGACGACUGAACGUCAAGAAACAGACGCUCGACGACGCGUACGCAAUCCCGGCCAACUUCCUCGAAAUCGACGUCGUUAAUCCGAUGACCACAAUUGCCGCCGGAAAGAAACGCUACACCGACUACGAAGUGCGGAUGCGGACCAACUUGCCGGUGUUUAAAGUGAAAGAAUCCAGCGUCCGCCGCAGGUAUAGUGAUUUCGAAUGGCUCCGGAACGAACUGGAGCGCGACAGUAAGAUCGUCGUUCCUCCGCUGCCCGGAAAAGCGUGGAAACGGCAAAUGCCGUUCAGAGGUGACGAUGGCAUAUUCGACGAAAACUUCAUCGAAGAACGACGGAAAGGAUUAGAGCAGUUCAUCAACAAAAUUGCCGGUCAUCCGCUAGCCCAAAACGAGCGGUGCUUGCACAUGUUCCUACAGGAAGCAUCGAUCGACAAAAACUACGUCCCCGGAAAGAUCCGGAACACGUAAAGCGCCCGGAUACGGAACGCGGGAUUGCCAACACAACAGAGAGCACACGCGGACACAGCGUGGGACCAGAUGCGCUCGCGUUCCCCCUGUUUAUGCCAACUAAAGGUGAACGAGAAGGAAUCGUAGGCUGAAACAAAACGCAUAAAAAUCUAUUUGAAGAAAGCGAAACGGCGCGAAAAUGCCCCCUAUCCUGUGAUAGGCAGCAAAAUUGAAGCGCGCACGUUCAUACCAGCUGUGACGCGUGGUGUCUUGUUGUGUUUGUGAGGUUUUGUAAUGCAGUAACAAAAAAAAAACAAAGCAGAAUUCAACAUGAAGCAUAUUACGAUUUGUAAUCCUCCCCCUUACCGCUCUCAUCGAUGAUACAAUCAAAACCUCCAUAUUUUCUUCUUUCGAUAAGUGUUGUUAUUUAAAAAAAACAAAUCCCGCCAAUGGCGUUCAUUCUUUGCUUGGAAUGAUUUUGUUUUGUGUACCGCAUUCCAACAUCCUUCGCUUGGAAUUUGAGAAUGAACCAACAGAUUAUUUUUUAUUACGUGUUAUACCGAGAGAAUAUGUAACGGAACUGCUGAUACGUAUGAAACCUUGAAAAAAAAAUCUGCAUCCCUUCCUAAUUACGCAAAAUGCAUGCUGACAGAAACAUAAAGUUUGCAACGAAACAUGAAUAAACCCCCCCCCCCCCCCCCCAGAGACCGAGCAUAGCAACUCUCUGAGCCCUAAGAUAGAUAGGAACGAAAUGGAAAACUAUGAGUUGGCUGAUACGCCGAUAAGGUGGAUAGUACUAGCAGAACAAGGUUUGCGUGAUGGGUUUCAGUCGAAACGCCCCCAUCAGCGCUCGGAACCCAGGCGUCGACUCAUGACGAUAUGAUUUCAAAUGUCAUGUGUAUAACAGAGCAAACAGAUAGGCAAAAACACUUAGAAAGAGCCCAAACGUAGAGAAAAACAGAAUUGGUAAUUUCAUGAAACGUUAUAGCACAUGCAAAGAAGAAAUUUGUUACAGAAACGAUCAGUACCAAUUAGUAGCUCUCUGUACGUAAUGUUGCCUCAUUUCAACGUACUAAAAUAAUAUACGUAGCUGUUACUUUCGUUGCAGUGUGUCGGCUAUCAGCAUUGGGGGUAACGAUCUCUAGGUUUUACUCUACGGUGGAACAAAUUGCAAAACGUGUCACAUAUUGUGUUUAGUUAAUUUCCUUUCAUUAGUCAUCACCCUUUUCAACUGACACAAGCAAAUGUUACGUUCCCCGUUUUAAACGGUCGUAUUUCGUUUUUCAAAUUCUCGUUUUCGUUUCGUUCGUCAAAUUCGUUUUUCAAAAUUUAGCUUGCAUUUCCACAACUGGUAUCCAUUUGGCUCGAUUCAGCGAUUUCGUGGGCGAAAGUAACAAAUACUAUGCCGGUCGUUUGCAAGCAAAAUAGAAAAACCGGGUGAAGCGGUAUUUGAUUAGCAAUAAUUGAACGACGAACGAUACGCGCUGUAAAAUGCUGUAAGAUUACGAAUCGACCGUCGUUACGGUCGAUCGGUAUGGGCUGGUCGAUGGGCACAUGUAAAGAGAGACAGUCGGCAGCAAAUAUUCCGGUGUCUAUUCAAAAUUACUGAUAAUCCAUAUCACACACUCUUGUUGGCUCGUUUGCGGUGAAAAAUUAUACGAAUACGUUGUGAAAAUGGGCGUCUCUUUUCCUUUGUUAACUACCGUCGCCGGUUUGUUGUAAACUGAUCUUCAUAGCUGAGCUGAUCUUCAUAGUUUUGGGCGUUGUUUGGCUACAUUUGGACAAUGCCAACGGGAUCGUGUUCUGUUACAAUUGUGUAGAUAAAAGUGAGCGAAUGAAGCGCACGAUAUUGAAGGAAAUUUUCCAAGAAAACUAGCAAUGAAAAAUAUGCUACAAACGAAGGGAUAUACUGCUAGAAAGAAUGUGCGAGCAAAAAAUGCAUGGACUCAGAAAGAGUAGUACUGUAGAGCGCGAAACCGCGAAAAGCGAGUGAAAAAGUAUUCGAAGGUGUGAAAAUAUUAUUGAAAUAAAAAAAAAUACAAUCUUUAUUA